AUGUCUACGACCACUACCAGCACAACAACUACUUCGACAUCAACAUCAACAAGUACAACAACAGCGACCACAUCUGGCUUAUGCGUAGACCAAGACUCAGCUGAGUGUCAGAAGAAAGAAGAUCUGUGCAGCGAUGUUAAUUACUAUAAUAUUAUGAAGACGGUUUGUCCUAAAACGUGUAACUUAUGUGGUGGGACUACAGGCAACAGUAACUCCAAUGUGAUUUUAGUGACCACAACUGCUGCUGGUUCUGUCAGCACCUGUGUCGAUCAAGAUACUACUGAGUGUGAGAAGAAGAAACAUCUCUGCGCUAAUUCAUUAUACAAAAGCUUGAUGAAUGAAAAGUGCCCGGCAACUUGUGGUUUUUGCACUACUGACAACAUAUUGACAACAAGCACAGAAAAAGUUGCUAAAGCUGCGGUCUUUGCCGCUCGCAAGUUGUGUGCAGAUUUGGAUACAACCCAAUGUGAGACAAAGAAACAACUUUGUACUAAUUCCCUUUAUAGAGAUCUCAUGGUUGCAAAAUGCCCGGAAACUUGCGGAUUUUGCUGA